AUGGAUGAAGCAUCCGGGACAACGGCCGAGAAGGCCACCAGUACGGACGUGUUUUCAGGAAAUCACUCAAACCUAGAAACAAACCAACCUAUGCCUAAAAACAGCAUGGGUUCAUUCUCUCGUCCGGACAACAAAUACACUCGGGGGAAAUCCGAGAAAAACCCUAAACCACCCCCCACACCACAGUUUUCCUUUAUCCUCCCCUAUAAGGCCACGUCGGCACAGCUACCACAGCGCCCUAUAAAAACCCAUAUAGGCCUUGAGCUCCCUCUAGAUAAGAUCCCGGUUAGACCCAAGCCAGCCAAACUCGAAAGUCCCUCCCAAUCCUCAGAACACGACGACCUGCCCGGUGAGAACAAAAAGCUCCAAGCCAAGAUCACACACCUCACAACCAUGAUGUCGACCACAGAGGAUGACCUCGCCCUCCGCAAUGAGGAGCUCGUUGGAGCCAAGUCUGAGCUAGCCGCCAAAGAUAGAGAAAUAAGAAGCCUCAAGUUUGAAGUCCUAAUUUUAAAGAGGCGGCUAAACGAUACCCUCCCCAUCUUGAAGGAUCUGUCCCGCCAGUGUCAGGACCUUGUCCAAGACAAGUCAAUGGAAAUUAAAGAGCACAAGCUUCGAAUCGCAACUUUGGAGAAGCAGCUGGACGAUACCACCCUAAUGCGCGACGAGGUAGACCUCAGGGGUAGGGUGAUUGAUCACUUUGAUCACUUGCAAAGUGAAAUCACAGAUAUGAAACGUUCCAUCGAUGGCGGCCUGAUCAAGGUCUCUCAGAUUUACGGUCCCGAUGGCACCGCCGAGGCUUUUAAAAUCGAGACUAAGGAGAGCAUGGACUCCAGACCGGCUCUCAAGUCAGAGCUUGGGAAGACUCUCGACGUGAACGCAAGGGAGCAGAAGCCGAUUACCCCGAGCCCCCAACACAACCACCGCCCGCCCUGCAUACGCGAUCAAAGAAUCCCAGACCAUAGGCCAAGCGUUCGUGAGAGGAGACAAACCACAACCACGGGAAAAGAUCCCGAAUCUGCACCAAGAGCACCGGAGCUAGAUGGGGGUGGGGGUGGCGAAGAUUGUAUCAGUGUCAAGGGUGAGGGGGGCCGGGGGGCGCUGGUGGAUGCGUUGCCCGGGUUCGACCGCAAGCUUUGGGAGGUGUAUAAAUGCCAGAAUCCGAACCGGGAGGGAGAAUUCCUGCACAGAGUAUUCCUGAACAGAUUCUCCAGAUUGAACCCGGCCCCCCCACCGCCCCUCAGAAGGAGAGGUAUCAAUGGUUUUAGAGACGCUGAUGGAAAGAAUGGAGAGUCAAUCGGCGCCGCGGCUGAGCCCAAGCCAUCCGAGGUCUCGGGUAGGGGCUUACACCCCCCGUCAGUUGCCGGCGGAGUCGACAUUUAA